AUGAUGACGACGUGCCGUCUGCUGUGCGCCCUGUUGGUGCUCGCCCUGUGCUGCUGCCCUUUCUUAUGCUUUGCGCAGGAUCCUGAAAAAGUUCAAUCUUCUGAUGUUACUUUAAGCGCCCCAAGCCCACCGUCCAAUCCACCAGCCACGACGACCGGUCAGUCAGGGCUGCAAGAUGUGGUUUCCGCUGCGGAACUGCAAGAUGUUGACGGGGAUGUAAGAGGUACGAGCGGUUCGGAAACGCAAUCAGAUGGUGCGGCCGAUAAGUCACAGAAACAUGAUAAUAACGAUACGACAGGGCCACAAGGUAGCACAAAUAGGUCCGCAGAUCAAACAGAUCAGAACGGUGAAGAUCCUGCCGCGACGACAACGACGACGACCACUGCGCCAGUGGCACCAAGUACGACGACUACCACAGAGGCGCCAACCACGACGACCACCCGCGCACCGUCACGUCUUCGCGAAAUUGACGGAAGCCUCAGCAGCUCUGCGUGGGUGUGUGCCCCGCUGCUGCUCGCCGCAUCCGCGCUGGCGUACACCGCUGUGGGCUGA